AAGUGUGUGCGUCCUUGAGCGAGUCGAGCGAAAAUGUUCUGUAAAAUAUUAGAUAUAGCUCAUGCACUGUACAUUACGUGAGGUACCUAAUUGCAAUUUAACGCUCGUCGAUCACGGGUGUAACAAUUAUUUUCGUGGAUGGCUCACCUACGUCGCAGAAUUUUGUGAUUACAUUAUGUGUGAUAUGUAAUGAGUGAUAAGCAGACUGCACCUAUUUUGCCACCCCUUAAUGGGGGUGGAGGAAACAAUGGGGGAGGCAAUGGAGGUGCACCACAACAAACUGUUAGUUUGCAACAAGUUCUUGCCAGUGCUCAAGGGCUUAAUGUUCUCACUACAGGUGGUGGACAACAGUUUGUUAUUACUUCACAGGUUCCUGGCCUUGCACAGGUCAUACCGAGCAGUGCAACAACAAAUUCUAAUAUUCAACAAGUUGGUGUUACAAGACUUGUUAAUAUUAGUGGUACACCGCCACGUGCAAGUACUGUGGGAGUUGCAAGUGCAAGUGGUUCACCUCUUGCCUCUCCAUCUCGUCAGAAUUCACCUAAAGUUGUUUUAGCAACAUCUCCAAAACUUGUAAGAACUUCUAUUGGAAAUAUGUUUGUUGCACCAACAUCUCAAGCCUCAAUGCAAUCACCGCCAGCAAGGAAGAAGUUGAAGUUAGCAGAUUCCACUGAAAAACCUAUUAUGUGCGCUAUUGAUGCAACAGGCUACAGGAGAAGAAUUAUGGAACACAAAAUGAAAAGAAUGCGUGCAAUAAGGGAAAAAUAUGCCGACAAUGCAUCAGAGCUGUUUUUUCUUCAUGCUGGAGGCAACAUGAUGGAUUUCCAAACCUGGAGGAAGAGACCGCCAACACCUCAGUAUCUGCAUUUUUUACGACAACAUAGAUUAGAUCCAGAAGACGACGACGAAGAUUUAACAGUACCACUGCCAACAAUAUCAGAAAUUCCUUUAACUGCAACUGUAACAGCAACAGUCUCUACAAUAGUUCCUGUGAGUCAGUGUGCAGAAGUAAAAAUCUCUGGUAUGAAUGUUACACCAGUUGCAGUAUCCACAACAUUGCCUGCUGCAGUAGCUCAACUCAAUCAACAAGGACACGUACCAGGUAGGCCUCAAGGGGGCCGCCAUGGCAUGGUGUUUGCCUUCAGAGCAGCAAUUCAAUCUUCACCAGUCACCGUUCACUCUCCACCUACUUCUACUCUAGCACCCGCGCUCAUUAUAGGGAGUGCACCACUCGUUCCAGGCUCACCGAAACAAAUAACAACAACAACAGCUACAACAACAACAACAACAACAGCAGCAGCAGCAGCAGUAGCAGCAUCUCCAGUUGCAGACAAAUUGUCUACAACAGCUGCAACUAUUACAACAACUAGUACCACUACUACUGCAACUGUAACAGUUACUUCUACUCUCACUCCUACACUUACUGCAACUGUAACUACUACAAUAGCAAAAACAUCUACUGCGCCUACUAUUAGCCCCUCUCAGCCUGUUGUUAAACUUGUUAAAUUACCUGUCUCUAAUUCAACAACAAGUGAUAUCACAAAUAACCAAGAACAAAUUGUAGAAAAGGCUAAACAGGAAGCAUAUGUAAUGCAAAGGAUUGCCGAGUUGCAACGUGAAGGAUUGUGGUCGGAAAGAAGAUUGCCUAAGGUUCAGGAACCAGCUCGUACAAAGGCUCAUUGGGAUUACUUAUUGGAGGAAAUGGUUUGGUUAGCUGCUGACUUCGCCCAAGAACGAAAGUGGAAGAAAGCUGCGGCGAAAAAAUGCGCGCGCAUGGUUCAGAAAUACUUCCAGGAAAAAGCAAUACAAGCACAAAAAGCUGAGAAGUCUCAAGAACUUAGGCUAAAGAAGAUUGCUAGUUUUAUUGCUAAAGAAAUCAAAACUUUCUGGACAAACGUCGAAAAGUUGGUGGAGUAUAAACAACAAACACGGCUCGAAGAAAAAAGAAAACAAGCAUUAGAUCAACAUUUAAAUUUUAUUGUUGGACAAACUGAGAAAUAUUCGACAUGGUUAACAGAAGGACUUAAUAAAACUGAUGGCCCACAAAGUAUACCAGCCUCCAUGAAUAGUUCACGAAUAUCCUCUCCAAUUCCACCUGGAAAAUCUCAUUCUGACGAGGACUUCCAACCAAACCAAAGUUCAGAUGACGACGAAGAAACUAUAGCUAAGGCAGAAGAGGAAUUAAAGUCUGUAACAAACCACAAAGAAGAGGUUGAAUUAUUAAAGAGAGAAUCGGAAAUUCCAUUAGAAGAUCUUUUGAAAGAUUUGCCACCCAAUUACUUAGAAGAUAGAAAUAAAAAUUUGUCACCUUCAAAAGAAAUUGCGCAGGAAGAUAACGAUGAAAAGGCAGUAGAUGGUGAUACAGAUUUUGUUGCUGCGUCAGACGAAUCCUCGGAUGAAGAAGAAACUAUAAUGGAACAAGAGAAAUUGGAAGAAAAUACAGAUUAUAAACAAGAAUUGGAUGAUCUCAAAGCUGAAAAUGAAAUGUCUAUCGAUGAACUUAUGGCUAAAUAUGGCAAUAUAUCGGACGUUCCAAUGGAUGUUGAUCAAGAGCCUGGUCAAGAAUCGGAUAAAGAAAGCACAAAAGAAGAGGAAGGUCAAGAGAAUGACGAGGAGUGUACUAGUAGUGAAAAUGAAAGUGAAGAAAGUAGUAAUGAAGUUGGCGAACAAGAGUCUCAAACGCAAAGCGAUAACGAAGCCGAUGUUGGUCUUAAAUCUCUCUUAGAAGAUAUAUCUAUAGAAAAAUCUACAACUGACAAGACUGCAGAAAUGGAUCAUUCAGAUGCUCACAACGAAAUGGAUAACGUCGCCGCUUUGGCAGAAAGCAUUCAACCCAAGGGGAAUACUUUACUGACUACUAGUGUUGUUACUAAAAUUCCAUUCCUUUUAAAACAUUCUCUCCGAGAAUAUCAGCACAUAGGAUUGGAUUGGCUUGUUACAAUGUACGACAGAAAACUAAACGGUAUUUUGGCAGACGAAAUGGGUUUGGGUAAAACCAUACAAACUAUUGCUUUACUCGCACAUUUGGCAUGCGAAAAAGGUAAUUGGGGCCCACAUCUUAUAAUAGUACCAACCUCUGUAAUGCUUAAUUGGGAAAUGGAGUGCAAGAAAUGGUGUCCCGGUUUUAAGAUUCUGACUUACUAUGGAACACAAAAAGAAAGAAAGCAGAAAAGGACAGGUUGGACAAAACCCAAUGCUUUUCACAUUUGCAUAACAUCAUAUAAACUGGUCAUUCAGGAUCAUCAAAGCUUUAGAAGAAAAAAGUGGAAAUACCUUAUAUUGGAUGAAGCUCAAAACAUUAAAAAUUUUAAAUCACAAAGAUGGCAGUUGCUAUUGAAUUUUCAAACGCAACGACGUUUGCUGCUUACCGGCACCCCUCUUCAAAAUAAUCUUAUGGAACUGUGGUCUCUAAUGCAUUUUUUAAUGCCUAAUGUCUUUCAGUCACACAGAGAAUUCAAAGAAUGGUUUAGUAACCCUGUUACGGGAAUGAUCGAAGGAAACAGUGAAUACAAUGAAAACAUUAUUCGUCGUCUGCAUAAGGUUUUACGGCCAUUCUUACUACGAAGAUUAAAGACAGAAGUAGAAAAACAGUUGCCUAAAAAAUACGAACAUGUUGUUAUAUGCCGAUUAUCAAAACGGCAGCGAUAUCUAUACGAUGAUUUCAUGUCGAGGGCAAAGACAAAAGAGACUUUGGCCAGCGGUAAUCUAUUAAGCGUCAUCAAUGUAUUAAUGCAACUGCGUAAAGUGUGUAACCAUCCAAACUUAUUUGAAGUAAGACCAACAGUGUCGCCAUUUCAAAUGGACGCUAUUGAAUAUGUUACAGCUUCGUUAAUAUGGAGUGCUCUGGAAUACGAUCCAUUUAAGCAUAUCGACUUAUCUAGUCUGAAUCUUCUUUUGUGCGAUUUGGAGUUAACCCAUACUGCGUUUGUGGCUCAUAGAGUAAGGCGAUUACAAACACCCCGAAAGCUUAUUGAAGAAAUAGAUAGUCAACCAGACCCACCUCCAAGAUGUCCACCUGGAAAAAUAAAAAUUAAUGUUAGACUGUCUAAUCAAGCUAAACCACCAUCCACUCCGCAGCAGACUCCAUCGAAAUUAAAAAACUUGACUGGAAUAUUACCCACUACAAGGGUUGGAACGUCCCCUUUGAUAAAAACAUUAAACAAUCAAAGCACUACAGGGCAAGGCGUUACCUUAAGGGUAUCAGGUGGUCAACAAUUACAGGGAUAUUCGGUACAAUUGGUUCAGCAUCAGGGUAGUGUAAAAGCCAUUCCUGUUGGAACACUAGCACAUAACCCACAAAGUACAACAGUGACAUCAACUACAGCAGCAACGAAUGCACAGAAGAUUACAGUAGGGAAUGCAAAUAUCAAAGAUGGACUGCAACGAUUAACCACGCAGACAGUCACAGUUAAACAAGGUGAUUCCGUCCAAAGAAUAGCAGUGCCUAGUUUUGCACAGCUGGUUCAAACAUCUACUGGUAGACAUAUCAUUCUGACUUCGAAUCAGCAAAACACUAACACAGUUUCGUUUCCAGUAAUGACGCCCGGCGGACAGCGCUUAACAGUUUUAUCUAAAUCUCUGAUGGGCCUAUCUACUUCGGCAGCCACGGUGAAUAAAGUUGUAGGAGGAGUAGUAACUACAGCAACGAGUGGUACAAGUGGAAGACCAGUAAUGAGAGUACCACCGUUGAACGUGACUGCUUCUCAGACGCAGCCAUCCGCUGGCAAUGGACAAUCUCCACAGCAAUCGAUUCGUUGCGGUAUUGUUACUAGACACGCACAAAAAGAAUCUGAAAAGGCACAAAUGAAGGAACGUCCAAAGUCCGAAUUUUAUUUGCCGCAAUUAGAGGAAGAACGAAAGCAAAGGAGACAAGCCAAACUCCGUCUUAUUGCGAAUAUUAAUGAAAGAAGAUGCGCAGCAUGUCCUUUAUACGGUGAAGAUUUAUUCAUGGCAUUGAGAAUUGGAAAACCGUCUACAGCGUGUCGAUGGCACAAUGGUUGGGUUCAUUGCACGAACGCUAAAGACAGUCCACGCACGCGUAGACAAUUCUUUUCUCGUACAGAAGCGCUUGCGGAGGCAAUUAAAAGUACAGAACAAAUCGUUGAAGAGCUUAAGGAAGUUUUUGAAAGGUUUGUUGUACAUGUUCCUGCUGUGUGUGCACCCACGCCACGUUUUCAUGUUUCACAUCCACCUCCACAUAAACUAUACGAUCAAAGGCGUAUGCAGACUGAGCUGCAACGUCAACUGUCGCCGAAAUUCGCGUUGUUCCAUCCAGUAACUAGUGCAAUGAUGACUCAAUUCCCAGAUCCCCGAUUGAUACAGUACGAUUGCGGGAAACUACAAUCCUUGGAUCGACUUCUCAGAAAGCUUAAAACGGGCAACCAUCGAGUCUUAAUUUUUACACAAAUGACGAGAAUGUUAGACGUGUUAGAAGCUUUUCUUAAUUUCCAUGGCCAUAUAUAUUUACGUUUAGAUGGUACAACCAGGGUAGAUCAACGACAGGUUCUUAUGGAGAGAUUCAACGGCGACAAACGAAUAUUCUGUUUUAUAUUGUCGACGAGAUCCGGAGGUGUGGGUGUAAAUCUUACAGGUGCUGACACUGUUAUAUUCUAUGACAGCGAUUGGAAUCCCACUAUGGAUGCCCAAGCGCAAGAUAGGUGUCAUAGAAUAGGUCAAACACGGGAUGUACAUAUCUACAGGUUAGUAAGUGAAAAAACCGUAGAAGAAAAUAUUCUAAAGAAGGCAAAUCAGAAGAGAUUGCUCGGAGAUUUAGCUAUCGAGGGUGGCAAUUUCACAACUGCAUACUUCAAGAGCUCUACUAUCCAAGAUCUUUUCAAUAUUGACCAAACGGAGAACGAUGCGUCUAUGCGAAUGGCUGAAGUGUUAGAACAGAACAAAGACCGUGAGAAGUUUCUACAGAAAGACAGUCAGGGACAGGGUGUGGAUGACAAAGCGGCGAUUGGUGCACUGGAAAGUGCUCUCGCUGCCGCUGAAGAGGACCUUGAUGUUCAAGCGGCGAAAACUGCCAAAGCUGAGGCUGUUGCCGAUUUGGCAGAGUUCGACGAGAAUAUACCUUUAGAUGAGGCGGAUAAGGAUGAUGUGCAAGUCAGUAAGGCUGAACUUGAAGUGCAAAAUCUGGUAUCACAGCUCACGCCCAUAGAACGUUACGCGAUGAAGUUUGUGGAAGAGUCGGAGGGUGCUUUUUCCGCGGCGCAGCUCGCAGCAGCGGAGCGAGAGUUGGAGGAACAGAAAAAAGAGUGGGAGUUGGAUCGACUGCGAGCAUUGCGUGAGGAGGAAGAGAGGCGAAUGAGGUUGGCCGACGAUGACGAAAAACCCUUAACAUUCGGACGCGAGGACGCGCAGAAUCAGGUUAAUAAUGCUAGUAAUUCUAAGAAGUUAGUCAGUAAGAAACUGCCGGCGAAUAGGAGGAGGAGGUCGCGUAGGAAUAAUAGUAAGAGUGCCCAGGAGUCGGAAAGUGAGAGCGAUACUACCACAGAAUCGGAAUCAGAGUCUCAAGAGGACGUGGUAGAAGACAGUCUUGACGAGGAAUCGAGUCAUACAGAGAGUCAGAGUCAAGGGGACGAGGAUGAUGAGGAGGAGGAUGAAACAAACGAUCAAAACGAUUCUGAGCGAGGGGGGUAUCCGAAGCGUAAAAACCGUUCGAAUAAUAAAUCUUUCAGUCAAAAUCAUUUCGAUUUGAACAGUCCGCGAACGAGAUCCAGAGGAAACGUGAAGAUAAAUCUGUGGACGUUGGACGUGAGUCCGAUCUUGCCAGGUAUAAAACCGAAGUGUCGGGGCAGAGCUAGUAAUAUCCGUAAGCAGAGGGAGUUGGAGAUGAGAAUGAAGGCGGAACAAAGUUUCGCACUACCAUUGCCACCACCCACUUCGAGUCCAAAACGAUUGAACACUACUAAUAAGCCUGACGAUGAGCAGAGUACUAUAAAUCCGAAAGGACAAUUGCCAGAACUGAAAUUGACUAAGGUGGACGUCAAAUUUUCUGCUAGCAAAGAUUCAACCAGGACUGUUGAGAAUUAUAAAACGAUCGGAAAUCAUUGCGUCGUCGCGGCAUCGUCGCUAAAGACAAAAUUGAAAAAAAACACAGACGUGACAGAUGAAUCUGAUUCUGUUGUACGUUUAGAUUCUUUAGAUACAGAAGCGUGUAUUCGAGUGGCUGGAUCGGUAUCCAGCGUGCGGGAAGAACGUAAAAUUAUGGAAUUUAUCACGAUCGAUACGAAAGUUGACGACGAAGAGGAGAUACAGACGAAGUGUAACAAUACAGACGAAGAAAGUUGUGAAGAGGACCCAGAAAAUCCUGAUGUAAGUUUUGUUUCACAGAAUCAUAGCUCUUGUUCUACCGUGGCAGAGUCGGGUACGUUAAAAAUGAUGUCUGACUCGGAUCUAUCCGAAGAAAUCAACGUGUCAGAAAAUUCAUUGUCAACUCCGUUAAAGAAUAAAAUAAUAAUUCGGGAAGUAGACGAAUCUACCGCGAAAUCGGUCGCAGAUAAAACAAGCGGUUCUGUUUCAAAAAAUUUAGUCACUGAAAUAACAGACGAACGAUCAGAGGCAACAGAAAGUGAAAUUGUAGACGUGAGCGUCGACGCGGAAAGCAACGAGAGGCCGCGAAGUCCGAACAAUCUCAAGGAAAAGGUGAACAUAGAACAAACGUUACCAAAUAAGGAACAAUCAAGUAAAAAUUUAAAUUCGGACGCAAAGGACGACUCGAUCAACGGUAACGUGUCCAUUUCUGUGAUAGAAACAAGCUCUAGUCAGGAGACCGGCAACAAUGAACAACAAGGAACUUGUGCUGAAUCGAACGACGAAGAAACAAAAUUUGAGUUGAUGCAAAGUAACGACAAUAAACCAGCAGAAUCUUACACGGACAUUCUUGAAUCCAAUGAGACGACUGAAUCUGAUCCUAGUUUAGAGAGUAAGCUGAAAUUUCGUAAGCCAGGCAUAAUAUCUCAUGGAGUAACUACGAGAAGAGCAAAAAUAAAUGUGAUGGUUGAAAAUGCUGAAAGCAAAGACACGGAUACUCGAGCAAGUUCUACUGAAUCGAAUAUACCAAAGCAAAAUCAAGAGAGUGAAAAUUUAAGUAUUAGUAAGAAGGAAGUAGCGAUUAAGGUAGCCUGGAUAAGAAGACCCGACACACCAAGGCCUGUUACAGAACAGGGCAGAAUUACGAGAUCCAGUGCUGGGCGUUCAUUAACUCCACCGCCCAGCAGUAGUCCCUCAAAAUCUGUCCAAAGAAGACAACCAGACACUCCUUUGGCAGAUUGUUUAAAAACCUCUCCCAGGCCAGUAACCAGAUCAUCGUCUAAUGUAAAUUCCCCGGUACGAAACGAGGAGCAGCAUGCAUCUUACGAAAAACCAACCACGCGAAGUUCCAAGUCUUUAGAUAACGGUUUUCUAAAUCCUGCUCAGUUUCGAAGAAGUAGUUCGAUACCGCCAAUGAAAUCGUCGGAUAUGAAGGACGUCUGUGGUCAUACUACCAAGUCGAAAAAGUCCAACGAGUCUCCAGUUGUAAACGCAAGUAUUAUAAAACGACGACCGGACACACCGGUUCCUACUUUCGAACAGGUGGCGAGAGUUACCCGGUCUGGGUUAAAUUUUACUCUAAAUCCAGGAAAGUCCAGUCCCAAUCACGUAUCUCCUCUGAGAGGAAACAAACACGUCCGGAAGACAGAUUCGUCUGGCGACACAAAAGCACAGGAGUCGUCACCUACGAAGGCAGAAACACUGAGUACAGAUUCAAACGGAAACGCAGUUGCGUCCGAAGACUUAACGAAACAGGAUGACUCGAGUUUCACGGAGAUGAACGAGAAACCACAACGAACGGCCAAGGUGGUCGCGAUUCUUACGUUGGAUACUCGAAGCAAUCACACUGGCAAGACCUCAGGCUCUGUUCAUCCGAAGGCUAAUUGUAAUUCUACCGACACUAAGAAUACUAACAAGAAGGGUACAGACUCGAGUACAUCCGAUUCACCGGGGAAAAAUUGUCUUCUCAGGAUCUCGGACGUUACCACGAGUUGUAAGUUGGAUGGAUGGUGUAGUUCUGGAUUGGACAACGCUUCUACGGUACUCACCGGCGUAGCAAGUACUUACACGUCCGGAAAAACGGGGAAAUCGUCGACCGCGAAUAAAGGUGGAUCUCCGUUGAGUUCGAAACUUAAAACGGACAAGGUUCCGUUGCCUAUGCAGUCAGCGGUGAUCGCGCUGGUCGAUCUGGACAACGAUCCGAAUUACGACUCGGCGGACGGGUCGAAAAGAUUACGGCGGAAAAUGAAAAGGACUCGAUUGACAUCGUUCUCGAAGUCGUUGUCGUCCGGUAAAGCGAACGAGUCGCAAACGGUCGACACGUUGGACGAAGAAGAGGAAGAAGACGAACAGAUCCCACCGUCGAAGAAGUCAGUUCGUUCUCAGCAUCCGUCUCCUCCUUCUUCUUCGUCUCCUCCUCCUGCUUCGCAAACAGCGCAAUUGGGAAAGAUAAGCAGCGGCACCGUGUCUUGAGUCUCG